AUGGGUUCUGAGCGUGAGAACAAGACGUUCCUCGCGAGGCUCUGCGAGCAGGCCGAGCGCUACGAUGAAAUGGUUACCUUCAUGAAGGAAGUCGCAAACAUUGGCGGCGAGCUCACUGUCGAUGAGCGUAACCUUCUCUCCGUUGCCUACAAGAACGUGGUUGGUACCCGCCGUGCCUCCUGGCGCAUCAUCUCCUCCAUCGAGCAGAAGGAGGAGACCAAGGGCUCCGAUGAGCACGUCGGCAUCAUCCGUGACUACCGCCAGAAGAUCGAGACCGAGCUGGAGAAGGUUUGCCAGGAUGUCCUUGACGUCCUUGAUGAGGCUCUCAUCCCCAAGGCCGAGACUGGCGAGUCCAAGGUCUUCUACUACAAGAUGAAGGGUGACUACCACCGCUACCUCGCUGAGUUCGCUUCCGGCCCCAAGCGUAAGGGCGCUGCCACCGCUGCUCACGAGGCCUACAAGGUAAUUGAUACCCCUUCGAACGCCACCGAUGUUGCCCAGACCGAACUCACCCCCACCCACCCCAUCCGUCUGGGUCUUGCCCUGAACUUCUCCGUCUUCUACUACGAGAUCCUGAACUCUCCCGAUCGUGCAUGCCACCUCGCCAAGCAGGCGUUCGAUGACGCCAUUGCCGAGCUCGAUUCCCUCUCUGAGGAGAGCUACCGUGACAGCACCUUGAUCAUGCAGCUGCUGCGCGAUAACCUUACUCUCUGGACCUCUUCCGACGGUAACGACGGCGAGGGCGUCAAGGAGGAUAAGCCCGAGGAGGAGGUCCCUGCUACCACUGAGGCCGCUGCUCCUGCCGAGGAGAAGCCCGAGGAGGCUAAGCCUGUCGAGGCCGACUCUUAA